AGCUUACUUGACUGCACUUACAGUAUUCUGUCUAAAGGAGGCGUGGGUGUCCUGGAAAAAAAAAACGACACUGAUUAUAGUAGCUUGCUGCACACUACCACAGCAAACCGGCUCAACAACCCAAAAAAAAAAAAAAAAAAAAAAACCGGAGCAACACCAGGCAGCCGAUUCUCAACUUCUUAUUUAAUGUGUUCUCACUAGCAGAAGGUGGAAGCAGGUGAAACCAUGGCAUGCUAACAGAGACAUACAGAACAAUGGUUGCUCGAAAACGGUUUAUUUUCCUGCUGGCUGUGGCAGCUCUGUUGGCAAUCCUCAGCCUCAGUCUUCAAUUUUUACACUUGAUCCCUACACCACCAGUAAGAGAAGACCGACAGAAUGUGAAAAGCAGGAAAAGGAUAAUGCCAGUACCACACACUGAGCCUCCAGUAAUUGAUCCAAUUUAUGAAGCCUAUGCAUACUGUAACAUCCCCAACAACACGGAGCGUGGCAUGGAAGGUCACAGUCCUCCUGAUUACAAGUUAUUGUCUGUCCAAGUGAUGAUCCGCCAUGGAGACAGAUACCCUCUAUACGCUAUUCCCAAAACCAAGAAACCAGCGAUCGACUGCACUCUGGUACCCAGCAGGAAACCUUCCCACCCUCAGCUGGCAGCUUUUCUAAGUCACAUGUCCAAAGGAUCCAAGGGCCGCUUGGAUAGUGUACUGAGUGGCCUUCCACGCUUCCCCAGUCAUUCUGUUUGUGAGAUGGGAGAGCUCACACAGACAGGUGUUGUGCAACACCUCCGUAAUGGGCAGCUCUUGCGUGACACCUACAUAAAGAAGCACACACUUCUACCUGACAGCUGGACCAGCAAGCACCUGUAUAUAGAAUCAACUGGGAAGAGCCGGACCUUGCAGAGCGGCCUGGCCUUGCUCUACAGUCUGCUGCCUGAAUUCGAUUGGCAGAAGAUCUACAUCCGCCACCAAUGGAGCUCCAUCUUCUGCUCAAGCAGCUGUGACUGUCCAAUGAGGAACCACUACCUGGAGGAAGAACAGAGGAGGCAGUACAGCCUGCGUGUCAAGAACAGCCUCCUGGAACAGACCUACGUGGACAUGGCCAAAAUAGUCGGGGUACCCACGAGGCAGCUGAGGGCCUCCAACCCCAUUGACUCUCUCCUGUGCCACUUCUGUCACAACAUCAGCUUCCCCUGCACACAGAAUGGCUGCAUUGGCUUGGAGCACUUCAAUGUCAUCAAGAGCCACCAGCUGGGCGAUGAGAAGGAGAGGCACGAAACGAAAGUGUACUACAGAUACUCUCUGCUGGCCACCCACCCCAUCCUGAAUCAGACCGUGACGCGCAUGCAGAGAAUCGCAGAGGGUCGGAGUGAGGAGGUCUUUGCCCUCUUCUCAGCCCAUGACGUUACUGUAGCCCCUUUGCUAGCUGCUCUGGGACUCUGUGAGGCUAGGUUCCCCAGAUUCGCUGCUCGGAUUGUCUUUGAACUCUGGCGGGCCCCCAAGGACAAGAAAAGCCUUUUUGUUCGUGUUCUUUACAACGGCGAGGAUGUCACUUUCCAGACCUCCUUCUGUCAAAAACACAGCAGGCGUUCCAGUCAGCCUCUCUGCCCCUUCCAGAACUUCAUGAAUUUUGUGAAAAAGGACAUGUUUGCCAUCUUCAACAGCACUAAUUAUUAUGACGCUUGCCAUAGGCGGGCAUUUUAAAGAGAUGUCACUGUAGAGUAAAACAGCAAGUUUUAAUGCUAUAUUGCAACAUUGAAAUUGGUCAUAUUGCUUUUUAGAGCUGUAUUGACCUUUUUUAAUUCCUGGAAAUCAAAGGUGAUUUAUGUAGCUGAGCAGCAAAUGGAUUAAAAGAAUGUAGAUUAUGCUACAGAUACAGCACACUAAAUCUUAGUCUAUCACACACACUGUUUUCACUUUAUUGUGUCCUGGAAUGCAGGACAGUUUUCUGGAUAUAGAAAUCACGUUUUUAUCCUCUGUACUACAAGAACAAGGACAAGAGAAUAACCAGUAAUAUUUGCAGGCAUCCCUGGAAAACUAUAUGGAAUAGUGGAAUUAGUAUUUAGUAUUGUUUAAUGCACAGCUGUACCAACCUUAAAUCAUCCAUCGCUACAUGUGCUGUUUAUCUGCAGGUCUUCACAUUGUACUGUAAUGGUAUAACAUGGUAAACUGUAACUAAAUCAUGUAUACCUUUAUACCCUACUAGAUACUAUAGAAACCUGGUUAAUAAUACUUAUUUUGUGGGUACAAUCAGAGAACCACGGGAUCGAGCGAUGUUUUUUUUUUUUUACAUUUUUGGCUCUCUGUGGUUUGCAAUAGAACCAUGAGGCCCGAUA